AUGCCUGAAAACGAACAUGACGUUGAGCGCUACCUGCGCGAGAACCACCAGCGCCUCUUUGAGAACAACAAGAAAUGGGCCGAGGAGAGGCUCAAGCAGGAUCCCGACUUCUUCACCCGCCUGUCUGCCGGCCAGUCGCCUGAGUAUCUCUGGAUCGGCUGCAGUGACUCGCGCAUUCCCGCCGAGGCCAUCACCGGUCUCGAGGCCGGUGAGGCCUUUGUGCACCGCAACAUCGCCAACAUGGUCAUCAGCACCGACCUCAACGUCAUGAGCGUCAUCAACUACGCCGUGCGCCACCUCAAGGUCAAACACAUCGUCGUCUGCGGCCACUACGGCUGCGGCGGUGUCAAGGCCGCCAUGACGCCCAAGGACAUGGGCCUGCUCAACCCGUGGCUGCGCAACAUCCGCGACGUCUACCGGCUCCACGAGAAGGAGCUGGAUACCAUCACCGACGAAAAGAAGCGCUACGACCGCCUGGUCGAGCUCAACGUCUUUGAGCAGUGCCGCAACGUCAUCAAGACGGCCGACGUGCAGUACUCGUUUGAGCACAACCGAUAUCCCAUUGUCCACGGCUGGGUCUUUGGCUUCGAGGACGGCCUCAUUACCGACCUCAACAUCGACAUGAGGAAGAUUCUCGCAGACAUUCAGAAGAUUUACAACCUGACUGAUGAGUAA